CGUCAACAUGGUCGACUGGACAGAUGCUGAGCGCAGUGCCAUCGUAGGCCUGUGGGGAAAGAUCAGCGUGGAUGAGAUCGGACCCCAGGCCCUGGCCAGACUUCUGAUCGUGUCUCCAUGGACUCAGAGACACUUCAGCACCUUCGGCAACCUGUCCACACCCGCUGCCAUCAUGGGUAACCCCGCCGUGGCCAAGCACGGAAAGACCGUGAUGCACGGACUGGACAGAGCUGUGCAGAACCUGGAUGACAUCAAGAACACCUAUACUACACUGAGUGUGAUGCACUCCGAGAAACUGCACGUGGAUCCCGACAACUUCAGGCUCCUUGCCGACUGCAUCACCGUGUGCGUGGCCGCCAAGCUCGGUCCCGCCGUUUUCAGUGCUGAUACUCAGGAAGCCUUCCAGAAGUUCCUGGCUGUCGUUGUGUCCGCUCUUGGCAGACAGUACCACUAGAGCAUCACUCGACAGCAUCAAUAUGGAAGAGAGAUGACACUCCAACUCCAGUCUGUUAGGCUGGAAGC